AUGGAGGCGAUUGAGCGCCGCAAGGUCCUGGAUAUCUUUGAAGAGGAAAGUGAGGAGACUUUUCUUGGAUUCCCAGACCCAGAAGUCUCACACCUUAAGGCCUGUGACCCCUCAGCUGAGGAGCAUACAACUCCUAACCCUACACCCUCCGCCCCACACCCUCCACACUACACCCUCUGCCCCACACCCUCCGUCCCACACCCUCCGUCCCACACCCUCCAUCCCACACCCUCCACCCUACACCCUCCGCCCCACACCCUCCGUCCCACACCCUCCACCCUACACCCUCCGCCCCACACCCUCCACACUACACCCUCCGUCCCACACCCUCCGUCCCACACCCUCCGUCCCACACCCUCCGCCCCACACCCUCCGCCCUACACCCUCCGCCCCACACUCUCCAUCCCACACCCUCCGUCCCACACCCUCCGCCCCACACCCUCCGUCUCACACCCUCCACUCUACACCCUCCACCCUACACCCUCUGCCCCACACCCUCCGUCUUACACCCUCCACCCUACACCCUACACCCUCCGCCCCACACCCUCCGUCUCACACCCUCCACCCUACACCCUCCACCCUACACCCUCCGCCCCACACCCUCCGUCUCACACCCUCCACCCUACACCCUCUGCCCCACACCCUCCGUCCCACACUCUCCACCCUACACCCUCCACCCUCCACCCUACACCCUCUGCCCCACACCCUCCGUCCCACACUCUCCACCCUACACCCUCCACCCUACACCCUCCGCCCACACCCUCCGUCUCACACCCUCCACCCUACACCCUCUGCCCCACACCCUCCGUCCCACACUCUCCACCCUACACCCUCCACCCUACACCCUCCGCCCCACACCCUCCGUCCCACACCCUCCACCCUACACCCUCCGCCCCACACCCUCCACCCUACACCCUCCGCCCCACACCCUCCACCCCACACCCUCCGCCCCACACCCUCCGCCCCACACCCUCCACCCUACACCCUCCGCCCCCCCCUCCGCCAGAUCGCUGUAUAAGGGAUGGAUGA